AUGGAUGAGCGUGAAACGAGCAGCACACCGUCAGAGCUUAUAACUCACUUAGCACGCAGAGCUGUCACAUCUAGUCAGAAUAGUUAUGUUGGAGCCGGAGCAGCAAGAAGACUUUCGACGCAUCCAUCAGCCGGUCCGCCUAUGUCAGUUUCUGCGGUAGUUCCCAAUCGGUAUAUGUCGGUUAAUCGUAUAAGCACACAUCCUGUCGCUAGUUCAUCUGUGUAUCAAGCAAAACGACCUUUAUCAAGUAAUUAUGCGUGCGAUCUUCAAUUAAUACGGAAAUUUCCUCGUAGUACUGAUAAAUCCAAAGGCUUGCGACACUUCAGUACCAAAGUUUGCGAGAAAGUGAAGGAAAAAGGACAUACAAAUUAUAAUGAGGUAGCUGAUGAGCUGGUUUCUGAGUAUUUCGAUUCGGCCGAUGUUCAGCCUACAGAUACGGAAAAACAACAGUAUGAUAUGAAAAACAUUCGACGCCGUGUCUACGAUGCAUUGAAUGUGCUAAUGGCUAUGAAUAUUAUUGAAAAGGAGAAAAAAGAAAUUCGAUGGGUUGGAUUACCAACAUCUUCAGUACAGGAAUGUCGUAAGUUAGAGGAAGAAAAAGCGAAGCGACAGGAGCGAAUACGUCAUAAAUCCGACCAACUUCAGGAGCUUAUAAUACAGCUUGUGGCAUACAAAACCUUGGUGGAAAAAAAUCGCGAAUUGGAGCGUGAUAACGGUCGUCCAAAGGAGGAUUCAAUACUUUAUUUGCCAUUCAUUAUUGUUAACACAGCGAAGAAAACAUUCAUCGAUUGUGCUAUUUCCCAUGACAAAACCGAAUAUUUAUUCAAUUUUGAUCAACCGUUCGAAAUACACGAUGAUAUCGAAGUACUCAAAAGACUUGGUCUUGCUCGUAUUUGCCCCUUUGUCUUCGAGAUUAUGUUGAUCAAAUUAUUGAUGGUACUUGGAACAAUAUCGCUUACGAUAUUCCAUCAAACAUUGUUUCAACGGUUAACACAUUGCAAGACAAUAAACAAUAAGACUGUUUACGCCGUAGCUUCGACACCGCGCGUUGAAGAAUCGACAGUUAGUAUCCCGCAGAGCUACCAUCGUCCAAAACGUUUAGCAUCAUGUUCUGCUCGAGUUAUUCCACCUGUUCUUCCACGAACUGUGGUUACUGGCACGAAUGCCAUUCAAACAAACUCGGAUUCGAAAUAUAUAACAGCAAGCUCGAACGGAUAUCGUGCUAUUCGUACAUCAGUACGGCGUUAUAAUGUGCAACAGGAAAGUUCAAGCAACACACAGCAAAGGGCAUUUAAUGCAAAUAGACAAGUUACUUAUACCAUUCAGGAUGUCGGACAAGACCAGCUUCCUGAAGAACAGCAAUAUGAAGAAGUCUAUGAGGACGAAGAGGAAGAAAAUUUGGGCUAUGAAUAG